AUGAAGAAAAGGUUCAGAACUUCAGGAUACAAAAAGGAUGAGGUGGAUAUUUUGAGCGAUCUCUGCUGGAUCUAUAUCAAGAGCGCAACUGCGCAGGAGCUUGAGGACAACUGUAAAAAGCUCAUAGAGGAGCUACGGCCUGCUGAGAAGAAGUAUAUACGCGAAAUCUGGGUACCAAAAGAGGAGCGAGUGCAUCUCCUUGUACUUAGAGACGCUCUAUCUAGUACAGAUCAAGCCUAUAUUGAUGACGAAAUAGCUCAAAAUGAUAGGAGGAUAUUAGGUCUUGCGCAGGCUGCGUAUGAGGGUCGUGGGGUCCCUGUGGCCUACCCUUUACCUGUACCAAAGCAGAAAUGGGUACGUAAAGCGGCUCAUGGCAAGGCUAACGCUAGAGGGCUCACAGGGGCUGAAAUAGCUGCUAGAGAGCUCAACGCUCGUGAGCGUGAGCAGAGACUGCGAGAGAGAGACCAACUUGCUAUUAAUAUGACUCGGAGCGCUUCUACUCAAGUGCAGAUGCCCCAGUUUGGUCCUAGAGACGUUGCUGAUAUAGCAGGGCAACAGGAUGAGAUUCUCAUCAGAGCAACGCCGCCGCCGCCGCCUCCGGAGGAGUCAGUUACCAGGGCAACGCCGCUACCGUUCGAGGAUAGCUUGUCUACGCCCCAGCAGGAGGAGGAGGAGGAGGAGGAGGAGGAUCCAUUCGUUCUACCUGCCUCCACAGCUCCUGCCCUGUUACAGACGAAUGCACGGCCAAAACGGUCUAGAGGACCUACCCUGGACUAUAAGGCUAUGCACGAGGGCAAGCAGAAUCAGCCGAAACGAGGCAAAUAG